AUGCAAACCAUCAAGCUACCUGACACUAUCACCUGCGCUCUCUGUGAACGGCAACUGCCCCUCGAACGAUUCACUCCCUCGGCCUUGAAGCGUCUGCGCACGAUGAUUGUGCAAAAGGGUGUUGGCGCUUUGAAGGAUCAACAGAUCGCUCGAUGUGAUGGAUGUGGCACUCAGUCUCGUCCUGAGCUCCAUUGCAUGUCCUGCAACCAGGUCCGGCCCAUCAACGAAUUCGCUCACACCCAGCGCCAAUUUGAUCAGCCUGUCUGCCUUCCAUGCCAGGACAAUCUCCAGCUCGAUGAGCGGGACAAGCUUGCGAGCAACCAAAGUGGAGGGGGUUUGAUCGAGGCAGACGUCGAGCAGGAUAUCGACGAAAGAUCUGACCCGAUGGCCGUCUUCCCAAUGGACAUUGACAUCGCCCAGCAAGAUAUCCCUCAGGAGGCUGGUUUGGGAGAGACCGCCGCGGGCCCAACGCUGCAAGAGUCAGAUGAGAAUGCUCUGACUUCCCAACCGCGCAUGGCUACCCUCACUUCCGAGUCCUCUCGUGUUGCGCCCCGUCCGCCCCAGAAGAUCAUCCAGGACAUGGAGCUUGAGCUGCUCUUCGAAUAG